UGGUUGGAAUGAGAUGUGGUGACUCUAGAUGUUGCUUUACCCUUCUGUAUUCUGACAGGACAAUUUGGCAGACUUCACCUUCAUUCUCUGGGAGCUUGUUCUUCAAUGCGGCCUUGAAAAUAAUAAUGCACUCCCAACACUAUAACUCAAAGCGUUAGGGCAGGGUCCUCUCUCAGAUGAUUGGAGUUUUCAAGCAAAAUCAUGCAGAAAACUCUCAUGACAGUGGGAUAUAACAAACACAACGUCCAGCGGUGUGCGGCAGGGAGGCACAGAGCUUCUGGAAUACCAACUGGCCAGGGAUUUGAAACACAGCUUUUUGAGUCUUUUUGUUUUCUUUACUCGCUAGUGAGUCUGCAAAGUCGGAAAUAACAGCAAGUUAUAGCUAUUGUUGGAAGAUAAAACGAAAAAAUAUCAAUCUAAGCCCCGUUUAAAUCAGAAAACUGUAGUGGAAGAAAAAAAAGAUGGAGCAGGCAAAUGAGAAAUAACUGGUGGGCAUUGUUGGUGUUGAUUGCUUGUUCUGGUUUUUCCCUUUUGGCAGACGAGCUUUGGAAGAGCAACUCUACAUCCUGAGUGAUGAACUUGAAAAACUGAGUUCUGUUGAAAAACUGGAACAGAAGCAACAGUCGGGAUACUGAUUCUGCAGCCUCUAAGUGUUGGGCAAUCUUCUGGCCUCCGCUAAAAUCGGCUAGGGGCGGAGGUGCGGUAGGUAGAAACAAAGCUUCCCUUUUCAUUUCUCCACAGGACACUUAUCUCUCACAGACCUCCCGGGGUCAGACGGGCGGCUGGGCCGGGAUCUCCGCUCUGGAGAGACGCUCGCUCCCGGACUCCCGCCCCCACCGCCGCUCCUCCGGCGCAGAACCACGAUCCCCACCCCUUCCACGCCCCUGCCCCACCUCUUGUCCCCCUUUGCAACCCCCUCUUCUAUGCCUGGUGUGGUUUGUUCCGCGGAGUACAGAUAAAUAGUCCUGUCAAAAGGCAGAGCCCGCGCGGUCUUGCGUGCGGAGCCCGGAUCCUGGCGCCAACUCCUGGGCCCGGCUCUCCCGGGUCAGCAGCGGGGCGCGCACGCUCUCACCGCCCACCUCGCUUUCCGGCCACCGCUCAGCGCUUGCCGGCCCAGGUCCGCGGUUCUCCUUGAGCUCUCCCUGGGCCCCGCCUCCGGCUAGGAGAGGAAGGCAGAGACUGUGAGACUGGCCCUGGAGGAGGAAGGUGGAUGCGCGUGGGCGCGGGGGACGAAGAGAUGUCCACGGGCUCGGUGAGUGACCCCGAAGAGAUGGAGCUGCGGGGACUGCAGCGCGGGUACCCGGUCCCCGCCUCCUCCAAGAGGCAGCCUCUCCGCGGCACCGAGCUCAGCUACGCCUCGCCCAGUGACAACUCGUCGGCGGAGGAGGAGGACCCCGACGGCGAGGAGCGGUGCGCCCUGGGCGCAGCCGGCGACCUAGGAGGCUGCAAGAAGAAGCGGCCCCGUGUGGCUGGGGGCGGCUGCGCAGGUGGUGGGGCAGGCGGCUGUAAUAAAAAGCCUCUCUUGCCCAAGGGCUCGGCCGCCGAGUGCAAGCAGUCCCAGCGGAACGCGGCCAACGCCCGCGAGCGCGCCCGGAUGCGAGUCUUGAGCAAAGCCUUCUCCAGGCUGAAGACCAGCCUUCCCUGGGUACCUCCCGACACUAAGCUCUCCAAACUGGACACGCUGCGGCUGGCUUCCAGUUACAUCGCGCACCUGCGGCAGCUGCUCCAGGAGGACCGCUACGAAAACGGCUACGUACACCCAGUGAACCUGACAUGGCCAUUCGUGGUCUCUGGACGACCGGACUCUGAUACCAAAGACGUUUCUGCAGCAAACAGAUUAUGUGGAACCACUGCUUAGAUAGGAUUCGGACUCACUUGAUGGGAUUAUUAAACUGAAGCAUUGAGGGCCUGCCAAGGAGAGAGUGAACACCAAGGAUGGGCAGAAAGUUUCCCUGGAUUCUCCUGGGCCCUUUCCCUUCCCUGGAACUUCAAACUGGACAAUGGAGGUGCAGAGGGUCUGGGCCACGAUGCCAGGAAGAGCCUCCAUUUGUGUGGAGAGCAAGCGAACCCAGAUUCCACCUGGAUCUUCAGCGCUGUACCCCGGGCUGCCACCUGAGCCCAGGGCUACACCACCUGACCCUAGGGUUAGGGUUAGUUUCCAGCGGAGUCAGAUUUAUCAUUUAUGUCGGAGCAGAUUUCCACACAGCCCAGGCCUCAUGCCCCUUAGAAAAUAGGACUCUCUACCAGUCCUCUUAAAAGACAGCGCCUUGGUGUGAGGUCCACUUUGGGGCAUGUUUUAAGUUACAAAGAAAGGAAAAUGGAAUAUCUGGGCCAGUUUUCUAGCCUGCCAGGCAGCACUCUCCAAACUGACUAUUCCACGGGCGGGCAAGGUGGAGGCCUAGUUCAGAGACCAGCCCAGGCUGGGUUUGCCUUCCUUAGGCUCUCUUGCUGAGUCUGACUGGCCACUCUCUUCAAGCUGGGGUCUUCUUUCCUAGCUCCCUCCUUUCUCUCAUCACCCUUUCCCCUUCUAGGCUCCAGCCUCCCCACUCCCGAGGUCCUAACUGCAGUGGCUCCUCUCCUGGGGCCCUCCCUGUCUGCUCAGGCUGCUAACUGCAGUUCCCUCUCCGGAAUUCCAAAGAGUUCCUCAACAGGCUUUGCCCCUCCAAGGCAAUCAUCCCUUCCCCUACACAGUCUUAGGUAUUCACUUUCUUUCAGGCAUUCAAGUUCUUCUCCUGGAAGGCCAGCUCACCACAGGCAGCUGGAGCUGUGUGACCUUAGUUACAGUGCUUCUGGGCAACACACUGCUGAGGCUGCACUUCCACAGUAAUUAACAUAUGUAAAUAAAUUUAUUUUUUUAUGAACAAUAAAACUUGUUGUGAAGACUGUAUCCCCUUGGGGGCAUCAGAAUGUGGUCUUUGCUGCCCUUUA